UUCAGAGUCACAGGAGCUUUAUGAUCAACAGGAGUUUAAUAAUCGCUCUGCAGAAAUAUCAGGUGGAAAUUUUACAGCUUAUUUUUCUAACAACACUUCCAUGAGCUCUGAAGAAAAGGCACGUAACUGCACUUACAUGGAUGUUUUAAACUUCUUGAACCUGACUAAAGACAAUGAACUGUAUACCAUGAGCCGACCGACUUUAAAUUACAAAGACAAAACAAAAAUCUAUCUUGAUGUGAUGAUCUAUGCCAUCCUGGAUGUGAGACAAUCUGACCAAACCUUGAUAACCUACAUUUGGAUCGAUAUGGGCUGGGAUAAUCCCCAUCUUGUGUGGAAUGAAACAGAUUUUUGUGGAAUUUCAGUUUUUUCAGUUCCAACUGAAGCUUUGUGGAAGCCUGAUCUAACAAUUGAGGAGAUGACAGAGAGGGACAAAGCUCCACCCACCCCUUUCCUCAGAGUGUAUAGUUUAGGUUUUGUGGAAUACAGGAAUGACCAAGUUGUGACCAGCACCUGUAGGAUGCACGUUUACAGGUUCCCCUUUGACGUUCAGAACUGCAACUUGUCCUUCAAAUCUGUGGUGCACUCUGAUGAAGAAUUAGAGAUUAAAUAUUUUGAUAACAACACAGCACUCACUGCGUGGUCUCGUGUGAUCAUGGAGAAUCAAUAUGAGUGGCUGUUCGAGAAACAGUCAGGCACCAACAAAACGGUUGACUAUUUUGGCUUUAACCAAACUGUAAUMGUUUUCACAAUCACUAUGAAGAGGAGGUCUUCCUUUUAUGUUGCAAACUUCCUGCUGCCUGUCCUCUUCUUCUUGUGUUUGGACUUAUCCUCCCUCCUGAUGUCUGAAGGUGGAGACAAGAUCAGCUUCAAGGUCACGGUGCUGCUCGCUGUCACAGUGAUGCAGCUGAUUCUCAAUGAGAUUCUACCUGUUUCCUCAGACAGAACUCCACUUGUAGUGAUUUACUGCAUCGGGAUCUUUGCUCUGAUGCUGCUCAGCCUCAUGGAGACGAUUUUGGUGAAAUGUCUGAUGGAGAAAGACUCAGCAUCUCAGGACAGAGACUCAGUCAAAGAAUCAAGGAUGAUGGAGGAGAGAGGUGGGAAUCAGAGCAAAACUCAGUUUUAUUGUUGUUUCACAGAUAAAACUAGAUACCACACAGUGAAAGAGAUUGACCAGACGUUUGUUCCUUAUGUUUGGAUCAUUUUGGCCUGGCAGAAUGAUUACAUUUCCUGGGAUCCUAUGGAUUUCUGUGGAAUUGAUUACGUCGCUAUUCCCACAGACAUUCUGUGGAAGCCAGACCUGACCAUUGAAGAGAUGACAGAAAAAGAUAAAGCCCCUCCGAGUCCUCAUCUGACUAUCAGGAGCGAUGGAAAAGUCCUUGUUCAGAACGAUCAGGUGUUGGUCAGCACCUGCAGGAUGCAGGUUUACAAAUUCCCGUUUGACAUCCAGAGCUGCAACCUUUCAGUCAAAUCAGUCGUCCACUCUGUUAAGGAAAUAAAACUUAAUCAUCAUCUGAACUCCUCAGUGAGYACUAACUGGUCCCGCCAGCUGAUGCGGACGCAGUACGAGUGGCUGUUUGUGAACAUGACCAUCACCGCCCAGAUUGCUACCCAGUUUGGAAUUGAACAGGAUGUGAUCAUUUAUACUAUCUUCAUGAAAAGGAGGGCCAAACUCUACAUUAUCAACUUCCUGCUGCCUAUCCUCUUCUUGUUGUGUCUGGAUUUGAUCUCCUUCCUGAUCCCAGACAGAGGAGGCGAGAAGCUCAGCUUUAAGGUCACCGUGCUGCUCGCCGUCACCGUGAUGCAGCUCAUYCUCAACGACAUCCUGCCUUCGUCAUCAGACAAGACCCCUCUUAUAGAGGCCUACUGCUUUGGGAUCUUUGCCCUAAUGAUGCUCAGCCUCCUGGAGACGAUCCUGAUGAUGUAUCUGAUGGACAGAGAGUCUGAGUGUCUGAACGGUGAGACGGACAGAGCACGAAGCGGUUCUGUCAGCGAACUGACAGGUGAGCAAGCUUCUGAAAAGUUCUCCGGUGAGCUGAAGGAGUUCGUGAAGACGGUGACUCUGCUGCUCCGCAACAUGAAGGAGGAAGAGAAGCCCGGCUUCUGGACCAGGAACUCUCACACCGUCAACUUAAUUUACUUCAUAUUYUAUGUGACAGCUGCCAGCCUCUUCUUAGGUUACAUUUAUUACUGCUGGUUUCAUGCAGAAGAAUGA